UUGUAUACCUCCUCCACUCGAGGCAACAUUCACCCUUUUCAAAUCACUCGCUCGCUGUGGUCGGUUGCAAAAGGCUGCGGUGCCUGAAGUCCAAGCCCUUGAAGGAUUAUUCCCAAGUCGUGUUCUUCUGGUUCCAUAAAUGAUAGACUCUAAUCUUGAAAGCAAUGGGCUAGGAAACUCUGGGACUGGUUUGCCUGUGUGCCAUAAACAAUCACCAAUUCCCACGACGAAGGUAGCUUUGAUAGAUGUGCAGAACGAUAGCAGGAGCUUAAUCCAUAAUGAACCAGAGAGUUGGGUUCUAGGACUUAGUGCUGAUGCUGUUAAGGUUUCUGGGGCUGAGGGACUUACCCCUGAGUGCCCAAUAAACCCCUGUUACCACAAGUCCUGGAGAAGUAAUGGUGCAAAUGAACAUCUCACACAUUCUUGUAGGAAUUCUGAUUCAGAACUAGGCAAGAGAAAAGUUCAAGAGACGUCUAACAAAAAAUCUGAUUUUCUAAAGUUGAGAAAAUAUUUCCACAAUCGGCCAGAACUACCCCAACUACAUCCGGAAGAGGAGGAAAGAACUACAUCUGUUGUACCUGCAUCUGCACCAACUCCUCCAGCUUCUACGUUAACGUUUUCCACAAAUAGACCAUCAGUUCCUAUUUCUCUCGAAAAGCCUGGUAGUGGUUUGCCAGCUGCUGAAUCCAAUCACCUUCAGCUUACUUAUGAGUCUGAGGUUCCUCAUUCAGCUGACUCUAAAGGAAGCACUGAUCAGGAAAGAAAAGAACGGUUCCCUCAGAAGCCUCAGAAGCAUUGUUAUGAGUAUGAUCAGAGGGAUUACAUCCACAUGUUGCGUCGUUUAUCUAGUGUUGAGCUUAGCAGAUGUGCCGUCAAGUUAGAGAAAAGAUCAAUCCAGCUAUCAGUUGAGGAAGCUGCAAAGAAGGCUCUAGCACCAAAUCAGACCAAAAAGACCAAGAUUGGGAAAGCAAUUAGAACUAGAGCAUCUGGUCGUCUGAGGGAGUAUAUUCCUGUUAAGAAAGAUCCUAACAAAGGGAAGGUGGUUUUUGAUCUUACUGGUGACCCAGCUGGUCCAAAAAUACCUGGAGCUGGAGCACUUUGUUCAUGGGGUCCUCCUAGCAGGGGAGUUAAGUUUAGGAUUGCACCACCUGAUUAUGACCCAACUACCAAGAAGGAUGAUGGAAAGGGUAAAAUCCUUGCAAUCAGUGAAGGCAUUCUGCCUGAUUUUCGCAAUGCUGCCGAAAAUGAUGGUGGAAAGGGCAAAGCCCCUGCGACUAUUGAGGGCAUACCACCUGAUUUCGAACUAAUUGCUAAGAAGGAUGCCGCAAAGAGCAAACAGGUGGUCUCAAUUGUUUCCAGAGCAAAGAGGAUCAGAAAGAAGCCCAAGUGGCAGUUGUCAUGGUCUGAUGAUAUUGGGUAAAUUGGACAAUGUUUUGAUAAUACUUGUUCUGCAAUUUAAAUGAUAUGGAUUGACAUGCUGAUGUUGUUGAACAUUAGUUUUUUGGUGGGAUGUUCAACAUCUAUUUGGCAGUUGGAUGUAUUUGUAUUUGAAGUUUGUUUUAACAAGAAUAUGUUAGAUGUAUUUUGCCAUGCCCGAUGUAUGUGGCAUUUUGAUAUA